AUGAUAAUUCCGAAAGAUGUAACUGACGAAGAAUAUGAAGAAUAUGCUAGAGGAAUUAUUGAUCCUCAAAAAUUUCACGAGAAAUUUUUUGUUCUUCUAAAGUAUUUCCAAGUUCUAGAUGCCCCGAUACCGAAAUGGACACACGUCCCUAAGAUUUUUAUGGCACUCUGUGCAGUUAUCGCACAAAUACUUCUAUCGUUAAGUAUUUAUCAUGGUAUAAGUAAUUUUGAUAUACCAUUCACAACCGAGGCGGGAACUUACUUCUUUGUAAUGUCAUACAAGCUGUUGAUACUCUCCUGUACAAAGUUUCAACGUGUUCAUUAUCACUACUUACAACGUAGCAUGAAAGAAGAUUUUUCAUAUGUUUGUAAUAAAGGGGGAAAACACAGGAAAACUUUUUUUUACAGUCAGAUCCAAACACGUAAAAUUUGCAAAUUGGCUAUGAUUUUUACCGGUGGUAUCGCUGCAUGCAUGAUUGCUUUUGCCGUUUUCGCUCUUCUAUUCUAUUUUGUUUCAAAUAGCUCUAGUGAUGGUAAAAGACCCCUUUUGUUCCCAUUCUGGGCUUUCGAUACCGAUUUCGGAUUAACGCCAACUUACGAAAUAGCGUUUAUGUUCUCAAAUAUGUGUGUAUUUGCAUACGCGUUCAAUUACAUAUUCAUGAUCGUGACUCAAAUCAUAUGGAUCAGAGAAAUAAUGGCCAAAGCUGAUAUUAUCAUACUAUGUAUUCAGGAUAUAAUGAAUGGAAUACAUCCAACACAAAACAAAAAGAAGAAAGAUUAUUUCGACAUGCUAAUAAAAAGCAGAAUGAAGGAAGUUAUUAAACAUCAUCAAUCAAUGAAUACCUUAGUAGAACAUUAUUCCGGAGUUUAUAAGAAACUGCUGUUGUUCGAACAAAAAAUUUGUGCUCCGGUUGUUUGUCUAAGCGCUUACUCGGCGACCGAGAAAUUUGAAAAUGGAGAAUUUAACGCAAUUCUAAUUAUUCUAUGUAUUGGUGCAGUAAUAUUAAUUUUCGUACCAAGUUAUUUAUGUACAUUACUCUCAAUAAAGGUCAGCUCCAUUUGCUACGCUUGUUGGGACAUACCGUUUUGGAAUGCUAGUUCGAUGAUACGACCCUAUCUAGUCCUUAUCAUGCAAAGAUCUCUCAGGCCAUUGCCACUUAUAGCACCAGGAUUCGAAGAAGUGUCUGUGCAAACGUUUUCUAAAAAAAUAACAUCAGCGUAUUCUUUUUUUAAUAUGUUAAGACAGGCCAAUAUAUGA